AUGACGGGCUCGCAAGAAGAAAAGAAGCACGAUUCGCGGAAACGCCAUCAUAAUGAUGACGACGCUGGUGGAAUCGAGCCGAGUUCGAAGCGAAAGAUGGAAAACAUCACAACCGGAAUAGGACGUGUCGACCUCAAAGAAAGACAACUUCCAGAUGUGCCUGCCGAGUUCGCCGAUGAUCCCAUGGGCAUGACGGAGGGCAGCCAUUCUGACGAAAACGUUGAGCCGAUAAUCGAGGAGCCCGCGGACAGUUUCGACGGUACAUUCGAUUCGACACAAUGCGGCACCACCAGCACCUCCGGCCUGUCCAUCCACGAGGAGUCUGAACAGCUGAUUCGAACGCCGCUUCCCCGGAGCCCGAUCAACGGUCCGGUCUACCCGCGCGCCCUCGCACUCUACGACGAUUUCCCCCGGAGCGACCUCGACAUCUCGGACGUCUCUGAAGAAGAAGUCACCGUCGAUACACAAGAAGCGGUCGUCCAGGAACCAGAUGACGAUGCUCGAUUCCCACCGGUGCCCAUCCAGUUUCAAUUGAGGCACCCUGAGAGCUCGCCAUCAGGAAGGAUACGAGCCCCUCUUCUACCCAGCGCGCUGAAACCCCACUCGUUGUUGAUGUUGGCGACGGAUUCGAUCGCCUCUCCACAACCCCGCGCUGCUACACCAAUGGGCGACGAUGAUGGCGACGAGAUGGAGCUG